AACAGAAGUAAUGCCGCGACAUCCAAAAUCUGCCCACAAGAGUGACGACAGAAGAAUCCUUUUUAACUUUGAACGCUUUUUAGUUGUAUAUCGUCAACAAUAAUAUCCAUGUGAAACUUAUCCACAAGGAUAAAGCUGUUGUAUUGUAAAGGGUGUGUUUUUAUAUGCAUAUAGCUGUUAGAUUAAUGCUAAAAGAUAUCAGAAAGCAGGAUGGCUUCUGUGAAAGUGGCGAUAAGAGUUCGACCCAUAAACAAAAGGGAACGUGAUCUUGAGUGUAAAUGCAUUAUAGAUGUUCAAGGAAGAAAAACAUCAAUUAGAAAUCCUGCGCUGGAAACUGACAUUAAAGAUUUUACCUAUGACCACUCCUACUGGUCUGUUGAUAGCAAGGACAAACAUUUUGCAACACAAGCACAGGUUUUUGAUGACCUUGGUAAUGAUGUUAUUGAUUCUGCAUUUCAAGGAUACAAUGCAUGUAUUUUCGCAUAUGGGCAAACUGGAUCUGGAAAAUCUUAUACAAUGAUGGGCUGUCAGGAUGCUCUUGGCUUAAUUCCCAGAAUUUGUGAGUCAAUGUAUGCUCGCAUGUCCACUGAUCAAGCAGAAAACAAUAAUAAAGUUGAAUUCAAAACUGAAGUUAGUUAUUUAGAAAUUUACAAUGAAAGGGUACGGGAUUUAUUGCGUAGUACUCCAAAGAAAGGCGAUGCUUAUAAUUUAAAGGUUCGUGAACAUCCAAAAGAAGGUCCCUACGUUCAAGACCUAACUAAACAUAUUGUUUCGAAAUACACCGAUAUUGAAAAGCUGAUGGACAUGGGUAAUGAACAUAGAACAACUGCUUCAACCAAUAUGAAUGAUACAAGUAGUCGUUCUCAUGCGAUAUUCACGUUAAAUUUCACACAGGCAAAAUUUUACACAGAUAUGCCUAGUGAAACAGUUAGCAAAAUACAUUUGGUUGAUCUCGCUGGAAGUGAACGAGCCAAUUCUACUGGAGCAACAGGUCAGCGCCUGAAAGAGGGAGCUAAUAUUAAUAAGUCUCUUGUUACACUUGGUAGUGUGAUCUCUGCUCUUGCUGAAGCGUCUACAGCUGAACAGCAACAUUCAAAGAAGAAAUCGUUCAUUCCUUAUCGUGAUUCCGUUCUGACAUGGCUUUUAAAGGAUAGUUUAGGGGGUAAUUCGAAAACCAUCAUGGUUGCAGCUAUUUCACCAGCUGAUGUAAAUUACGCAGAAACCAUUAGUACACUUCGCUAUGCUAACCGUGCAAAGAAUAUCAUCAACAAACCAACUAUAAACGAGGAUGCUAAUGUUAAACUAAUCCGCGAGUUGAGAGAAGAAAUCGAAAGUCUUCGAGUUAUGUUGUCGAGUGCUAGUCCAAGCAAAGCUACUACUCAGAGUAUAGCACAAGAAAAGAACAUGACAGAAAAACUUCAUAAGACUGAAGCACAAGUAGAACAGUUAUAUAAACAGUGGAAUAACAAAUGGAAAGAAACGCACAAAAUCAUGGAAGAAAAAGCUCUUGCGUUCAGAAGAGAAGGGUUUGGCAUAAAAAUGGAAUCAGAUCUACCUCAUUUGAUUUGUAUUGAUGAUGACAUUUUGAGUACUGGUGUCACAUUGUAUCACCUCAACGAAGGACGGACUCAUGUCGGAAGAGACGAUGCAACUGUAAAACAAGAUAUAGUUUUACGUGGACCAGGUAUCGAAUCCGAACAUUGUAUUCUUGAAAGCAUCGAGGGUAAUGUAACGAUUCAUCCAAUCGCAGAAGAGAAUUAUGUCAAUGGAAACAAAGUUCGAAAGUCAUUACGUCUGAGUCAAGGUUGUGUCAUUCUUCUUGGAAAGACAAAUAUGUUCAGGUUCAACCAUCCUGGUGAAGCUGCAAAGCUGCGUCAGAAAUACGCUUCAGUCGACAACUUAGCAUCUAUGGUACCUACCACGGAGUUAGAAAAACCUUCAUAUCUCUUUUACAAUGCUGGCAUGGAGAUGGAGCGUAGAUAUCACGAAGAAGCAAAAGAUUUGGAGAGAAAAAGGAAGGAAAUCGAACAAAAAUCUGAGCAAGAUGCAAAGAAAAUUCAACAAGCCAGGCUUGAAUUGGAGAGUUUACAAAACGAGCGCAAAGUCGCUGAAGCAGAACAACGAAAGGUAUUGGAAGAGACUCAGCAACGAUUGGAAGAUCAACGACAACAUCUUGAAGCUCUAAAGCAAGAACAGGAUCAGGCGAAAGAAAAUGCUCAAAAGGAAUUACACGAAUUGAAAUUCCGUAUACAACAAGAGCAAAUGAAUGAGAAACAAAAACUGGAUGAAGAAAUGAGACGUCUCAUGCAGCUCAAUGAAAUGCAACAAAAAUCUGUGAAGGAUCAGGAGGAUAUGUUAGCUAAACAAAAGGAAGAAAUGGAGAAAACCUUGAUUGCUGAGCGACAAAGAAUAGAAGAUCAAAGACAGGAAGUGUUACGACUUCAGAAUGAGUACCAGAAGAGUCGAGAGGUUGUAGCAAAAGCUAUAGAUGGUACUAGACAAGAGGGUGAUGGAGCUGAAGCCUCUCCUCCACGAAAAUCUGUACGCGCCGAAGAGUUGAGGGCCAAGUUAGAACAGCUCGAAAGUGAAUAUGCCGAAGCAACAAAACUUUCUCAAAGGGAGAUUCAGCUAGCUAAAGAUAAUUUAAAGAAAGCAGAAGUGGAGACAUUGCUAGGUAAAGUUGGAUUAAUGCAAGGUAAGGGUGAACUGCAAAGACAAUGGAAAUUACUGGAUCGCCUGCAGAGUAAACAUAAAAACGCGCAAGAGGAAAUCCAAGCGAAAAUACGGCAAGUUAAGGACGAACUUGACAAGGCUGAAGAAGCCGAAGAAGAAGAGUUGAUGAGUCAGGAGAAGUCCAUUUUGCAACGCCGCCAAGCGCGCAAGAAAGUCGAAGAAGCCACGCAAAAGCUCUUCGAAAUGGAAUCGAAAUUAAGCCGGUCGGACUCGAUCAGUCAAAAUCAGGAUCUGCUAGAAUGGCAAAAUAAGGAAGACGUGCGGGAAAUGCAAGAAGAGAGGACGAUUUUAAUGGAGUUGUUGGGCAAGCAUCAAGUCGCUCUUGUGAAAGCGUCACAGUUAGUUACCGAAUCGAAAACUAAACUCGAAAGUCAUUUAGCAAACGAAUCCUCCAUGUUGGGUCCUGUACGCGAACAAAUUGCAGCGUACGAACACGAACUCGAACCUCUUGAGAAAUUAGAACAGCAGAUCGAGAAGAAAUGUUUCGAAUUAGAAAAAGAAGCGAAAGAGAAAAAGAAGGUUUUGUAUAAACAAAGGAAGCGAAUAAACUUAUUAGAAAAACAGCAUGCGCAAAGCUCCGGUAAUGAAGGACGCGAAAAUUUAACUGCCGAGGAGAUUGAAGACCUGGAUCGUGAAAGAGAGGCUGAGUUAGAACUGAUCCAUCGAGAGAAGUCUGUAUUGCGUGAUAUGGAAGAUAAAUUUCGCAGCGAACAAGCGCAAGCUGAGUUAAAGAUAGGAGAGCAGUAUCAAGAGCUCGAAAUUAAUAAAGAAAAAAUAACAAUAUCUCUAAACACGGAACGUGAAAAGCUCGCAAAACUCAUCGCCGUGCACGAAGAGACUAAAGAAUUCAUAGAAGCCGAAUUAAACGGUAGACGAGAAAUUUUAAAACUGUCGAAAGAAAAAGUAGUUAAAGAUAAACGUGCGUUAGCUAAACUAGAUAUGAAACAACAGAAAACUGCUUCGAAAGCUGCUGAAGAACUUUUCAUGAUGGCAGAAGUGUUGGAAAAAGAACUGGCAGAAAGUGGAAAGAAAGAAGAGCUCACUAAGAUAAAAGAUCACAGAAAGAAAUUGCAAGAACUAGAUAGACAAUUAAGAUUAGCCGAACGCAGGGAGCGGUUUACUGGUGAAGUAGGCCCCGAUGGCGCGCAACAAUGCGCGAUAUUAUAAACUAAAUUAUGUGAAAAUUCUAAUAAAUACUUAAAGCCCUUGUUAUACCAUGUGCAAAAACAUCUAAGUUUUAAAACCGUACUACACUAAAAGUACAGUUGUACAAGGUGGUGUAGUUAAUUUUUUUGCGAAAUAUUGUAAAGUUAUUAGAAAGCUACACGCUGUUUUUCCUGAUAGCGUAGCGCGGUCCCCUGGGGCUAGAAAUUUUGCGGUGUAAAAUUCCUACCCUUAAAUUACUCGAAGAUCAAAACUGGGUAUUUGCUAUAUUCUUUAUUCUUGUUUCAAUUAACGUAAUAUUUUUCUUGUGACUCGAACAGCUGGAUUUGGCGAGUUGCUUUUUUCGUCACGACAAUCUGGGACUCAGCCCAAGUUGGUCAUGCCUCUUUUAAUUUUAUAUUGUUUUUUAACUUCUUUAAGAUACUCAAAAAAUCCUUUAAAUAAUUUUAAAAUUCUAUUAUUUUUUUUAAAAUAUUCCCGAGAAGACUAAAAAAAUUAUUUUCACUAUAUCCGUUUUGAUAUCUGUUCUUCCCAGUUUUGAUAAACCUCUUCCCACUCACUUUGAACGAAUUACAGCUGCUAAAUUCCUCCUUUAAAUUUUUUAAGAAAACCCCUUAAAAUAGGGAAAAUUCCUUUUAUGUCAUUUAAAUUCCUUAAAUUCUAAAAACAAAAUUGUGUUGCCACCCUGCAGUCCUAUUGUCUUAAUCAUUGUUUUAUGCCCUGGGUUUAACAUUACAUUGUUUUGUAUUUAAAUAAUUGUUAUGAUAAUGUAUUUUUUAGUUCAAAAUUAUAUAUUUUACAAAAAAAAAGAUGACGGAUCAUCAUUAAAGCCGCCAUUAUUAUAACUCGUACCAGGUUGUUUGUUGUAUCACGUGAUUGCACUUGUAUUGAAUCAAUCGACUUUGCUCACUUGUAAUUAGUCUUUGUAAACAUAGGCGUACUUUGUUUUCGCGUGUUUGGAAAACUUAAGUGGAAGUGUUGAAAACCGCAAACUUUUACGUUUUGCGUCAAGCAACAUCAAUAUCACAGCGGUCUUUCUACUCACAAUAUAUUCCUUGUACAAAAAGAAUAUCGGAGCAUUAUUUUUAUGUCGCUUGAUAUUUCUUUUAACAAAGUCAAUCUUAGUACGAGCUUAUUUAUUUCCCAGACUUCUUGGCGAUAAUGAGGAAUAAGAACGAGUUAUUCAAAGUGUAAUCACGUCUUGUUUUAUAUAGGUAGGCAUUAUUUUUUUAAAUGAACUUCGAAAGAUGUAUUUAUGUUUGAAUUUAUUCAAAGUAAUUCUUUUUACACAUCUCAAUAUUAUUAUUGUGGCGACUAAUCGUAAAUUAUAUUUGACAGUAUCAACUUCGGAAUUUUUUUUAUUCCCGUAUACCACGUGAUAUAAUUGGGUGUUUAACAUGCACAUGGUUUGACA